AUGUCGACCCAUGUUGUUGUUCAGCCGGUCGAUAGCCCUGAAGACUUCACCCAGAUUUAUCACUGCAUAAGCGAAGCAUUCGGCCGUCAAAUCAAAGACUCAAUAUGGAUUGCCAUGAAUUCCAACUGGAACUCUCCUGAGGGCCAGAAAGAGGGCGCUACUAAGCUCUUUCAGCGCUGGCAAUCUGCGAAUAAGAACAAGGACGGCCGUCCCAACACAGUUAUGUUGAAGGCAACUCUACCAGAUCCCCAAGAUAAUUUCAAGCUCAAAAUUGUCGGCGCGGCCAUCUGGACUCAAGCCUCUUUCGUAGAGGGUCACGGCGAUCCACCGACGGAUAGCCCUGCUGGACUGGCAGCUCUGUCUCCAACCGAGAGACGCUUCGCUAGCCAGAUGUUCCGCUCGUUGUGGAAACGUCGUGUUUCUCUUGCCCAGGAAAAGGCGAAAUCGGAAUCGCCAGCCGUAUUUACGCUCGAUACGUGUGCCGUCGACCCAGCCUUCCAGCGAAGAGGUGUCGCAGGAAAGCUGGUGGCAUGGGGCCUCGAGGAGGCAGAGCGCAGAGGCGGAUUGGAGUGCAUCACUGAGGCUUCACCUAUGGGACGGGUUGUGUACAAAAGACUUGGAUUCAGAGCGGAGGGCGCCGAAGAAGAUCUCGUGUAUGAGGUUGAUGAGGAAUUCCGGAAUCGGGAUAAGCCGGAGAUAUUGUUUAUGCGUACUUGGGCUGGUAAGGUGUAG